UUUGUUGUUAUAAAUAUUAAAUAAGCAGAAUCUAAAUUGUAAAAAAAAGUGAUGACUACGCGCGAAAUUACGGACCUGCGCACUAACUUCGAUGUUUCGUUCAGUUUGACAACAGUGUUUCUUAUAAUUAAACCUAACCUAUUGUGUAUUUUUUAAAAAGCUUCUAUUUUAAGUGAGACCGCUCUUAAUUUUUUUUUUUAAGAGCACCUAUAUUGGACAUCAAAAAUGGCAGCACCAGAGGCGAUACAAGUCAGUUCGCUUCCUUUACCUCCUGUUCAGUAUAUUAAUUUGUAUACAGACGAAAAUGUUCGCCGAGGCAGAGCUCCACGACCACCACCGCCAAUACACGAUACUUAUACGAUGUUUGGAAAUGUAUUUAAUGCAGAUGAUACAAUUAUUAGACCUCUCGAAGCUCAAGGAAUUAAAAGGUUAUACCCUCAGCAUUUCGAUCGACGACGGGAGUUAAAAAAAUUGAAUCACUCAUUGCUUGUUAACUUCUUGGAUUUGAUAGAUUUGCUCGUACAGUGUCCUGACAGUCCAAGACGAGCAGAAAAGGUGGAAGAUCUUAGUUUGUUAUUUAUUCACAUUCACCACCUGCUAAAUGAGUUUAGACCACAUCAAGCCAGAGAAACGCUAAGAGUAAUGAUGGAAUUACAGCGUAGACAACGUAUUGAAACUGCACUUAGGUUCCAAAAACAUUUAGAAAGGGUCCAGGAAAUUUUACAACAUGCAUUGCAAAUGUUACCAGAUACAUCGGAACUGGAUUCUAAUUUAGCAGUAAAUACGGAUGCUAUGGAAUCAGUUGAUAAUUUAGGUUCUGAACAGCAAACUCCAGAUCCAUGUAGUCCAAGUGAUCGUAUUAUGUGCAAAACAAUAGAUGAUAUGAUCUCAACAAAUGGACUGUACUGA